ACACGCGGAGAAGCGCAGACGACGUUUUUUGUAUCGGCAAAACUUUUGAAACGGCGUGAUCAACGACGGCAGCAUGGAAGCGGGCACGACGCACCGGACUGGUUUCCCUGUGUCCAGGGUGCGUAUGAUCAUGCGGAGUUCACCGGAGGUGUCGUGCAUUGGUCAGGACGCCGUGCAGAUCACCACAAAAGCAGCGGAAAAAUUCGUCGUGUUCUUGGCACGAGAGGCCCUCAAGCACAGCAAGGAUCACAGGACGAUUGAGUAUUCUGACUUGGCGGCCGUCAUAGAUGCUCAAGAGCGUCUGAAUUUUCUGAAUGAUAUCGUCCCACAGAAGAUCAAGUACAAGGACUACCUGCGGCUUGUAAAAGAAGCAGAGUCCAAAGAACUGUUGAAGGAGAAGCAAGCCGAGGUGUAACCAGUGGAAAGCAGCGGCACUUUUGCUGCUGUGUAUACAUCAUGUCACAUCACUGUAAUAUACAAGCUGGAUCAGCCAUCUUUUAUUUUAUUUUCUUGGUAACAGAGAACAUCUUUCUGCUAUUUAUGCUUAACAAAUAAAAUGUUUUCUUUUCCAC